AUGUUCCUGCUCGGGGUUUACUACCUGUCGGCUCUGGCUACUGCUCUCACCUCGCUCCUGUCGGUGCUGCUCCUGCUCGCCGUAUCCCGACAACUGUGGACUCUCGGCUGGAAUGUGACCAGAGACAGGGGCAACAAGCUACCGCUUCCCAAGGGCUCCAUGGGCUGGCCACUACUCGGAGAGACACUGCACUGGAUGGUCCAGGGUUCUCAUUUCCACGCUUCGAGGAGAGAGAAAUAUGGAAACGUCUUCAAAACGCACCUGUUGGGCAGGCCAGUGAUCCGAGUGACAGGUGCCGAGAAUAUUCGGAAGAUCCUGCUGGGAGAGCACAGCCUGGUGAGCGCCCAGUGGCCUCACAGCACUAGGAUCCUCCUGGGCUUCAACACAUUGGCUAAUUCGAUCGGGGAUCUGCACCGACAGAGGAGGAAGAUGCUGGCCCGGGUGUUCAGCCACGCCGCCCUGGACACCUAUAUCCCUGGCAUCCAGCAGCUGGUCCGCAGCCGGGUGCGGGGAUGGUGCCGGGAGCCAGCUCCAGUCGCCGUAUACCCCGCUACCAAAGCGCUGACUUUCUGCAUCGCCAUUCGGAUCCUGCUCGGUCUGCGCGCGGCGGAUCAGCAGCUCGACCGACUGUCCAGCACCUUCGAGGAGCUGAUGGAAAAUAUCUUCUCGCUGCCUGUGGACCUCCCGUUCAGCGGCCUGCGGAAGGGCAUCAAAGCACGUAACGUACUGCACGAGUACCUAGAAAAAGCGAUCACAGAAAAACUACAGAGAACCAGCCGGGGAGCAUACCCUGAUGCAUUAGAUGUUAUGUUGAACAGUGCGAGAGAGAACGGCAAGGAGCCAAACCUCCAGGAGUUGAAGGAAGUUGCGGUUGAACUGAUCUUCGCCGCUUUCUCCACCACGGCCAGUGCCAGCACCUCUCUGGUCCUCCUGCUUCUCCAACACUCCCAGGCCCGAGAGAAAGUGAGACAGGAGCUGGAACAGCACAGUUUGAUUCGCAAUUACGGUGAGUUCCCCGGAGCCGCAGUGAUACAGAGUGAGACGGCUCAGAUGUCCCGGAAUUGUGACUGCCAGCACAUCCUGAAUCUGGACACACUCAGCCGCCUGCGUUAUCUCGACUGUGUGGUCAAGGAGGUGCUGAGGUUACUGCCCCCAGUAUCUGGGGGCUACAGGACAGCGUUACAGACCUUUGAGCUGAACGGGUGUCAGAUUCCCAAAGGCUGGAAUAUUAUCUACAGCAUUCGUGACACACAGGAGACGGCAGCCGUAUACCUGAACCCGGACACUUUCGAUCCUGAUCGGUUUGGACCAGAGCGGGACGAGAGCAAAGCGGGGAGAUUCAAUUAUUUACCUUUCGGAGGGGGUGUUCGGAGCUGCAUCGGAAAAGAGCUGGCGCAAGUGAUCCUCAAAACCCUGGCCAUUGAACUCACCAGCGCAGCGCGCUGGGAGCUGGCCAGUGCCGCCUACCCGAAGAUGCAGACUGUCCCGGUAGUGCACCCUGUCGAUGGGCUGAAGGUUCGCUUUCAUCAGAGGAGGCACACCAAAAUGAACACUCGACCUGAAUUUUUGCACGUUCAGCCACUAAUCACUUUGAGGCAAAGGGUAUCUGAGGACGUGGAUCUUAGGCCCAAGGCUAAGGUUAUGGUUUACCAGACGAUACUCCUUUACGUUUUAGAGGCUUGA